AUGCAGUUUUGUGUUUCUCUUUGUACCAUGGUACCUUUUGGAAAAGCCCUCAUUGGUAGAACCGGUGCUGUAACCAUCCGGGUUGCAGGUGUGCUUAAAGACUGGAUAUUAAUAGCCCUUUCAACAGUUAUAUUUCCAGAGUCUACAAUAACUGGGCUGAAUAUAAUCGGCUAUGGUAUUGCACUAUGUGGAGUUGUGAUGUACAAUUACAUAAAGGUCAGGGAUGUUCGAGCCUCGCAAUUGACAGCUGAAAGUAUUCCCGAUCGAAUCACCAAGGAUUGGAAACUUGAGAAGAAGUCAUCUGAUAUUUACGUGCCAGAUAAUGGCGGCAACAAUGAAGGAAGCAGUGGUGGCAAUGAUUCUGCCUCUGAUAUGAAUAUUGAUGUAGAAACACCACUAAUUUCUUCAUCAAGGUUGUCUCAUAUUGGCCGCACGCAGCUAACCAGCCAUGCAACAGGGAAAUGA